AAAAACUCAGUGGAAGUGUUAGCUGUUGGAAAACCGCGGUGGGAGGCAACAGCUCUGAGGUUGGAAGAAGUGCUGUGCUGGGUACGAGGGGCUCUCGGUGCAUGGUCUCGGAAAGGGAGGAUUCGCCACUCGGCAGCCGGGCAGCCCUCUGGCCUUAACUGCGAUCCUGGGGAUCGCGGGAGAGACCCGGCAAUAGCUCUGUUGCACCGGGGUUUUUCUACAAGAUACAUGUCUUGUACUAGGCUUUGCCUUUUAUAAUCAGCUGACACGGUGCACGUAGCAGCACUAGUCACACAACGUUUGGCAGAAACAUUUCCUAGUUUAGUAUCAGCUUUUGUCUAUCUGGGUGCCUUACCCAUCUGGGUGCCUUACCCUCUGUUUACAGCGCCUUCUGCAAUAGGGUCCGUCUUUCUGUACUGCUGACAGGACUGUGCUCUGCGCGGCUUUCGAACACAAAGCAGGAACUCGGACAAAUAAGCAAGAAGCAGUACACUGAAAAAAUAUUUGUGCAGAAACUUAGCCUUUAAAUUGAGUGAGAAGCUUAGGGAUAGUAGUUUCUACUAUUUUGGUAGUUUCUUGUUCAGUACCAGGGGGAAGUCUCUAAUUUAUCAUUGUUAUGACAACAGGGAAACAAAAUGUGAUUGUUUUUUUUCCCCCUAGAAUAAACAAAAUGGUAAACUAGACCUCUCCAAGGUUUUAGCUUCAUAGAAUGUAAAGAAUAGCAUUUGGGAGGAAGAAGCAUUUUCUCAGUCUGACGUACAUCAAAAUUUAAAGCAAAGUAUGGCAGAAGGAGAAGGUUAGCUCAUUAGUUUACGCAGUCAUGAGUGAAGCUGGAAAUAUUUAGAGAUAAUUUGCCUCUGCUAAGAAGGGAGAUAAGAACAGCUUUGAAAACAGUCUUUUAAAAGUUUCAUUCCAAAAAUAAAAUACAAUGCGUGAACGGAGAUUUCUAGUGAGUGAGGAAUCACGGGGAAGAAACUUAGAUAAUGAGAACUGAUUUAGCAAAGAGGAUCAAAUAAGCCUUCUUUUAGAAAGUGGAAUUUUAAAGAGACAGAAGGAAACUGAAGAAAACUGACAGUGCUCAGGACAGUUGUAGAAGAGGCAGUGAUGGUGUCACAAUGGGCUGACCUGCAGAGCAUGCAGGUAUUGUAAGAGCCUAAAGAAAAUUAGUGCAAAAAAUAGCAAGAAACUUGUUUGGGGGGGGGGGGGGGGGACAGAAAACACGACACUGUUUUUGAGAACUCCUCUCGCAGUAUCUUUUACAGAGGCAGCAGUCAAUGGGUUCAACAUGGGCGCGUCCAGGACAGGCAGUAUCUAUCAGGUAUCAGGAAAGUUUCCACCUUGAAAUGAGGCACAAAGGCCAUGUCCUUUCAUCAAAAAGGAAAUAUUAGGGAGUGUUUCAGUAAGAGACCUGUUUCCUGUGAGCCUUGUCUACGAGGAAACCUGAGUUUAAAUAUUGAUGCUGUCAUCUCUGCUUUGAUAUUUGGAUUAAUAUAUUAACAUAGCCAAGGAAGAAAUUCUGUUUGGGAUGCUACAGAGCAACAUGUCAUAUUAGUGAUUAGUGUUGAAUACCUUCUUGGACAGAAAGCAUGACUGCCUGAAAAAUACAUGUUACUGAAAAAUAUAUGGGUGUGCUUCAGUCUGGGGAGAGCAUGAUGGUGGUCUCAUGUAGACAGCAGUGAAAAUCAGUAGACCUUCUAAAAUAUAUCUGUUUUAACCUAGAAGGUACUAAGGUCGUAACUCUGAUUGGGAGCUCUCUAUAUACGUGAUGAAUUAAUUAAUCAGAUGACUGCUCUCUAUGGAUUGUUCCAGCAUACAACAGUAAUCGAGCAAAAUCUGAUGGGGAAAAAAAAGUAAAUAAUAUGAAUGGAAAAUCACAAAUUUAAAGAAGACAUACUGACCAGCACUUCAAAACCAAGAAUGAGGAUAACUUUGACUUGUUCAUUCAGGCAGUGAAGGCAGCAAGUAGAAGUUAACACAAGUAAAUGGCAAGGAAGUGGAGAAAGAGGAAUUGGAGAACAUCUGAUAGAAAAUACAGACUGUAAAUUGGGGAAGAUUAUUUAGAGAAAGUAAAGAUGUCAGGAGAAAUCUAAAUUUAACAGGACUAAGCACAAUUAAAAGGAAGCAUUUUGUGUUCUUAGGAACAAAAUAAUGUAUAUCUAGCAAUUGUGUAAUCAUUAUGGAGGUGGACAGGGUAAGAUUUUAAUGAUGAUGCAGGAAAAAUCCCAGAAAAGUGUUGGAUAAAGACAUGGACAUAUUAUAGCUAACUAGUUUGUUUUGUAGAUUAACAUUUUGGGGGCGAUAAAGUUUUACAACAAUUUAAAAUUAACUAUGCCAAAUACUUAUUGAGAAGAUCUAUACUCAAUGUUUUUCAUUUUCAGCAAACUGGAACACUAGGGAUAUCUCAUGCAAUGGGAAGAAUAGUAUUGUUGAUCCAAUAUCCCAGCAGUAUGAUGGUGGGUAGCCUGGAGAACUAUUUCCAAUUUAACUUGACAUCAGUUUUAUCUAAAUUACUGGAUAGGUCAUCUCAAUAAUCAGGUUUUAACAGCUAGUAUUCUUUUGGUUUUGUGGAGCAUAAAACUUGUCAAAGUAGCUUUCAGAAUAAUGUUGUAGAAAUCUUACCAAUUUCUACACUGUCAAAAUGGAUAACCGAAUGAACGCAUUGAAAAGGAAAUUAUCAUCCCAUCUCCAUCAUCCCAGAUGGAUGCAAACAUAAGUUCAUGUAGUUCCCUCAAGUGAGCAUAUUAAUCUGCAUCCUAGAAUGGAGAUAGUCCCACCUUCAAGAGUUGGCAGCAAGAACUUCAAGGAUUACGUUUCUUUUGGGUUUGGAACUUGGUUAGAGAAUCCAUUUAUAAGAAGGGGCGAUGGGAAGUAUUUCAAGUACUGGUAAAUCUUUUAAUUUGUCUUUGCUUUCUUGAAGGCUCUUUUGUUUACACAGUAAGUCAGCUGACUGAACAAAAUAGAUGGUACACAAGCCUGGUGUGAUUCUCAUUUGGGAAAACAGGCUGCAUUUUGUCUAAUGCAUGUUAUCAGUCAUCGAAGUUCUAGGAAAAAAUACAUAUUCUUAAAAUCUUAGUGACUGUUGAAUAAAUCUUGACUCUAAGUUAAGGGACUCUAUAAAGCCUGACUUCCCUUAUGGUUAGGAACUACUAUACAAAAGGGGAGGGAACUGGAAGAACUAACUUCUCUGGUUACUAUUGUACAGCCAGGAGUUGAUUAUAAGUGUAGGACUGGGAAGGCACUGGUCCUUUAUUUUCCAAAUAAUUAUUUGCACUUGUUUUAUUUUUCAGAGGUAACAAACGUGGUUGAAAACAGCAAAUAUUAAUAUCUUCCAUGUUUAAACUUCUUCACAAUAGAUGAAUUUCUGGUGUUGUUGUGAUUAUAAAAGUUUCCCUUUGACUCUCUAGCAAAGAAUGAGCUAAUGGAUUAUUAAUAAUUAAGACUUGGAUAGCAAUAGACCUCAAAAAUAUUCAUCAAAAGAAAUAAUCACUAAACAGCUGUGUUUCCAGAAGUAUUCUGCAAGAGGCCCAAUGGCAUUAGACAUUUUCAAUAAUGAUCUAAAAAGUAUAAAAUCAUUGCUGAUUUACAGAUGGAGUUUGUCAGUGCUAGGAGGACCAGUACAAAUACCAGUUAAGUCAGAGGAAAAAGUCUAAAGAAGCCAAGAGAGGUUGGAAACAUAAAGAGCAAAUAAAAGGCUUCAAGCCAAGCUUGUAAAAGCACAGCUAAUGUGACUUUGGGAGGAAAAUUGGACAUUUAAACUCUGAAUAGAUUAGAAAGACAAUGUUGUCCAGAAAAAAAUAUGCAGAGGUGUGUAUGUAUGUGUGUGUAUAUAUAUAUAUAUAUAUAUAUAUAUAUAUAUAUAUAUAUAUAUGUCUGGGACAGCCGUAACUCACAGUUUUAAUUUUUUUAUGUAUAUGCUCAGCUGCCUUACCAUGGAGGGAGAAGGUUGUCCUCUAGUCAACUUUACGGUGACCACUGCAAUAAGCUUUUUGUUUGCCUCUUGACUUCUAAUUACCAGAAGCAUACAGAAAACCCUCAAGAGGAGAAAAAAUACAUUUAAGAGGCUGAACACCUGAAAAGGGAAGGGUUAUAAAAGCUAUAAUAAUUUAUAAUCUUUUUGUUCUUUCCUAAGUUGCAUAACUGGCCUAGUAUAGGAAAAGUAUCAUUCUUGGUCACAGUCCUUUUUUUUCCUAAGACAUCUUUACACCUUUAGCACCUGUUGGUUUGGGAGCAACUAAGAAAUGAAACUUUUGGGUUAAUACCCUCUGGGUAGGUAUUUUGUACCUUCUUACUAGCCCAGUGCUCAGUAACAGUGUUCCACAGAGCUGGAUCUCGUUGGAAGUGUGUUGAUACAGGAGCUGAGUUCUCAGCUUGGAAAUUAUCUGUUCAAGGUGGUUAGAAGGUUUUUAAAGACAGAAGGGUUUGGGAUGAACGUUGGGAUGAAGUAGAUACACUGAGGUGACUUUGGGGAGCCACCCCAUAAGGGAUUAGUAUUGCUUGAGACUAAUCAAACCUAAAUUGCAAAAUUCUAGAUGGUGUUCAAAAGAGAAGCACCACUGUUGGUUUUCUGAAAGCUGAGUUAGAUGGUGGCCACUUCUAAAACUCUAUUUUCUUAUUGUUUUGAUAUCUAGAUGUGAGAACUGCCUUUAUCUUUCAACUCAGUGGAAACUUCCCUUCCCUGAGCAGAGCUGAAGGUUUAUGGCAGGCACUUCUAUCACUGUCUCCUAGUCACAGAGCUGUUGCCAGUAUGCUUUCAUGGAGAGCAGCAGAGCCUAAGGGUGCACUUCUACAGCUGGCGUAAUCUGACAUAAAUCUGUGCUGCUGAAAGAGAAGGGACAAGGCGCCUCUCCUUGUCCCCUAGCCUUGUUCUUUUUAAUCUGCAAUAACUUUCAGCUUGUCUAACUUGAAAACCACCACCAGCCCAAGUGAGAGAACAGAAGGAGGCCACAGGUACCAAACCAAAGAUGUCCUCGACAAGAAAGAUUCUACUCAUCCUGGGAUUCCUCUCUACUUUGGCUGUAAUUGCUUUAAUUGCUGUAGCAGUGACCCAAAACAAGCCACUUCCGAAGAACAUUAAGUACGGGAUUGUGCUGGAUGCGGGAUCGUCCCACACUAACCUCUAUGUGUACGAGUGGCCAGCAGAGAAGGAGAACGACACUGGAGUGGUGAAGCAGGUGGAGGUGUGUAAAGUUGAAGGCCCUGGGAUCUCAGGUUACUCCCAUGCCACAGAGAAGGCAGGUCCCUCUCUGGCACAGUGCCUACAACAAGCAAAAGAGGUGAUUCCCUCAACGCAGCACAAAGAGACACCUGUCUACCUCGGAGCUACUGCUGGCAUGCGGCUUCUCAGGUUGGAGAAUGAAAGUGCAGCUGACGAAGUUUUGUCCUCAGUAGAGACGACACUACGCUUAGCUCCAUUCAACUUCCAGGGUGCCAGAAUCAUCACUGGUCAGGAAGAAGGAGCCUAUGGAUGGAUCACCAUUAAUUACCUUCUGGGCAGUUUCAAGCAGUCUGGCUGGAAAAAGCUUCUGCAUUCCCUGAAAUCCACAAGUGAGACAUCAGGAGCACUAGACCUCGGAGGAGCCUCAACACAGAUUACCUUUGUAUCAAAGGAACUCUCUUCUGAGUCUCCAGAGAACCAGCUCUACUUCCGUCUCUAUGGCAAGGAUUACCAGGUGUACACACACAGCUUUCUCUGCUAUGGGAAGGACCAGGCUCUGCAACAGAAACUGGCCAGGGACCUACAGACCGUGGAGAGCAGCAGUCUCCUUGACCCGUGCUUUCACCGGGGGUAUCAGAGGACUAUAAAUAUAAGUGACUUCUUCAAAAACCCUUGUACAUCAGACAAGAAAAAGCAAUUACCUUUCAGCCAACUGUACAUAGAGGGAGAGGGGGAUUAUCAAAAGUGCCGAGAAAACAUCCAGAAACUCUUCGACAAAACCAAUUGUCCUUACUCCAGUUGCUCCUUCAAUGGGAUAUACCUACCUCCAUUACAAGGGGAUUUUGGGGCCUUUUCUGCUUUCUAUUUUGUGAUGAACUUUUUGAACUUGACCGGUGAAGCAAGCCCUGUUCCCCUGAACAAAGUGACCAGAACCAUUGAGAGCUUCUGUGCCCGGCCUUGGCAAGAGGUGAAGACAAUGUAUCAAAACAUCAAAGAAAAGUACCUGAGUGAAUAUUGCUUCUCUGGAGCCUACAUCCUCUCUCUCCUGGAAAAUGGCUAUGAAUUCACCGAAGAUAACUGGCAAAGGAUCCACUUCCUUGGAAAGAUUGGUAGCAGUGAUGCAGGUUGGACCCUGGGCUACAUGCUGAACCUGACCAACAUGAUCCCUGCAGAGGAGCCAGCUGUGCCCCCUCUCUCUCACGGCAGCUACGUAGGGCUGAUGGUGCUGUGCUCCCUUGUGCUGGUGUCUGUGCUCCUGUUUGCUUGGCUUCUCUUUCACAAGCCCAAGUGCCUGCAGAAGGGGGUUGUUUAGGAAGAACCUGGAGGGGAGAGGGGCCAUGUCACCCUGGCUGUUCAGGGCUAGGAGACCCCAGAAGAGCAGCCUGUACUGCAGAGUUCCUCUCACUGAAGCUACUGACUGUACAACAAGGGCAUUUAUUUCUUCUGACUCACAUUUGCACUGAGAGAUGUUGGGACAUCAGGCUCGCCACCUUUCUCUGCCAAGGACAGACAAACUGGUGUCCCCUCCUUGAAUGGGUUGUACUUUCAUUCAGUGAAACUUUGCUGCUUGUUGAUUUCUGCCUUGUGCACAGCAUUAUAAAGAGAAAAGUGGCAGCAAUCUUUGGGAGCCAGUGCUCCUGUGAGGGUAAUCUCAGGGUCACACAUCCCACUGAGCUCUUGGGAGCUGUCACACACAGGGUGAUCCUGCUCCUUCUCUGCUGAAGCUGUUCCCAAGAGCCCUUUCCACACCAGCACACCUCUGCUCACCUCCCUGGGCCCUGAGCUCUCGCAGCCCUACAGCUGGGUACGGCACUUGGCACCUGACCGGCCCCUGAAGGUGGGUCAGGCUCCCAAAUGCCACUCUUGGAAAAGAAGGGAUGAGGACAAAGAAACUGAGCUGGUGGUCAUCAGCCCUUAUCUGGGCUCUGGUGGCUGUCAGCUCCUUUUGCAGGUGGUAAGAAGCCUUUUUCCCACAUCUUUCUGAUGUUGUUGCUGGACCAAAGCUGGCUCACUGUCGCACUGAGCCAUUCCCAUGCCCCUAGGGUACAUCAAGACACGAGUUCCCAGCCAGGCAUUGCUGGUUUUUGCAGGAACAGCUUGUACUGGCCAAGGAUCCUUGCCCAGUAGUGAGUGCUUAUGCCUACAGGAACUCUGGUGUUAUCAGCAUGCCUGUAGGUAUAGACCCACUAAAGCAAUCCAGGGUCACUGGAUAAUAGAGCAGCCUCCAAUCUAGGGAAAAUGUUUAUUAAGUAAUGUUGUUAUAGACAGCUGGCAGCAGUUAACCAGCAUUGGUUAACUUUGCUUUCCAUCAGCAAAAUUACUGAAAAUUUGCCUUUCCUUCCCUGAUGGAAUAGGCUUAUCCUAUGGCCAUAAGACCCAGGGCCUGUGAGUGCACAUACUGAGGCCCAUCUUCUAGUACACAACUAGGAUGAUGCCAUUGAUUGGGUUUAUGAAUCACUUUCUUCCAUUUUUCCAUUCCUUGGUCUGAAAAAAAAAGAAGAGGUAAGUCAGAAAUCCAUUUUUGUAAAAACACUCAGAAACCACUGGUGCCUGUCUACCUCCCACAAAAUCUUAGAUAUCCCUUCUCCUAAUGGCCUGUAAGUGCCAGAGGUCAAAAGAAAGCAGAUAUUAUAGAGAAAAAGGCAUAGUAAACAUGUACCUUCACGUGUUUCCCCAAGCAAAGGUGCAGGCAGUGAGGAGGGGGUCAGGAUGUGCACACCCAACAACACCUUCUCCUUUAGGCAAGCGCAGACACAGAACUCAGAGUUUUCAUGCUCUCCCAACCUGUUCUUCUGCACAGUUCAGGCAUGAAAAUAUCCCGCAGUUAUUUCUGCUUUAUGCCUGGAAGUAGAAGCCCUAACAUAUUGAAGAACCUAAAGGUAAGGGAAAAAUCUACCCUGUGAUCUUUGGGCAGAUCGUUGUUCUUCCAAAAAUUUGUGUCUUAUUUUUGCUCUGAAAUAGCUGACUUCAGCUUCUGUUGGACCUUGUUCUGCCCAUUUCCAAAGGACUGAGUAACUCUGCUAUUAAAAAUCCCUUUUUCCUUGUUGGUGCUUGCAAAUUGUCAUUAUAUCAUAUUAAAUAGGUUGAUCUUCAAUCUGUAAAGUGCUCUGUGCUGACCUCACUUGUAGCUCUUGACUCCACUUCUUUUAAAAGUUUUACAUCUUUCUGAAAUUGGAACACCAAAGUUUUUAUCAGUGAGUGAUAGUAGAGUCAUUAAUAGUGUGUAUAAAGUAAUAUCCUCUGGUUUUGAUCUAUACUCUGCGUUCCCCAUUUAUAUAUCUCAGGGCCACAUCUGCUCACUCAACAGAAAGUUUUGAGACUGUUUUGUCCAGUUGGACUAUUGCAACUUUUUUUUUCUCUCAGUAAUUGCAUUCCAGAACAGCUGCUGUCCCACAUUGUGCAUCACUGUCUCCAAUAUAAGCUAUUUUGCCUUCCAUGUAGCUCCACUGAAAGACACACUGUUCAAAGAAUAUUCCCCCGAGCAGAUUAUCCAGUUCAAUCCACAAAUGACACUUCACCACACUGUUAGUCCAUUCACCAGUUUUUGUUUUAUCUGCAAAUAGACUGAGAUGUUGGAUUCAGCUAGAGAUGCAGUCUUCCUUCAGUUUUUUUUCAGCAAAUAUAGGUAGAUGAGAGACUAAUGGUAGUUUUUGAUCGUGGCUGGAAGGCAUGCAGGAGACACAUGUAAUUAGAGCUGCUUCUGCUGCCCAGACAGCCUCAAUUGCAACACAUCUCAUCUUGUGCCACCUCCCUUGCAUACGGAGUCCUCAUAGCAAAGCAGAGGCCCUGGAGAAGUUCCCCACAGGUGCUGGUGCAUCCUUCCUCCCCAUGAACAGCAUGGAAACCUGCAAAAUGGCAAUUCCUCUCCUGAGAUCUCUUUGAGGAUCUGGCAGCUGCUGAGUUGUGUCCAUGAUGGCAGAUCCAUUAAGACAUUUCAGAAAUUGAUGCAGAAACUCCAUGUGGAAGCUGGUGUGGAAAGAAAGCUUGUGCCAGUCUGAUUUUCUGGUCCCUGCUAAGGGUUUAUGCCAAAGGAAAAGGACAAAUACAGAACCUGUGAGAAGAGCUUUCACAAAGUUUUGUAUCUUUAUUGCAAGUCCCACAGUAUUAAUAUUGUUAGUUCCUGAUUCUAGAGCCAGGUGAGCAGCUGGUGUCUUCACUUACUCCCUCCCAUCAUAAUUAUCUUGCUUUUUGGUUUCAGUUUUGGGGGUUUUUUUAAAGCUUUAAAUAUGACUUGAGUGUAACCUAAGGGCCCCAAGCUAAGAUAAAUACAAAAUAUGUUACAUUUUUUUAAACCUUGUGACUAUCAGAUCCCAUUUAUAAAUCAAUCUCUCCAAAAUUAGAAUUUUGAAGGUGACAACAGACAUGCCAUUUGAAAAAUCACUUGAGCAGACUGAGGCUCCAGGAACUGGUUGACUGAAGGCAUCCUGUCAAGGUGGGACCCUUGAACAUCACUGCCUGUAUGUGAACCUUCACAGAACAGCCUAUGACUUUUUUUUCUCCCUAUUUCUCCUGUUAUUGCAGGACUUUAUUCAUAGAGGCUACUCAAAAUCCUUGGUCAAAGAGUUCAAGUUUAAUGAAUAUUCAUUUCUUUGCUUCUGUGUUGUAUCUGACCCAGCUGUAUUCAGCUCAAAUGUUCCAGAGACACCCAAUGUGUGCAGGAAGACCAUUAAUGGUAGUGGAGGGAAUGUCCAAAUAUGCCAGUAAUAAUGUAUCACUUCUCUUGUUAAUACAGUUGAUCUGCCUCACUGAUAAUUAUUUGUGCCUUAUUUCUAAUUUGACAGCUUCUGGCUUUAAUAUCUGGCCACUGGCUGCUGUACUGUUUUGCUUUUCUGGGGUAAAGCAUCUUUUAACACCACAUGUCUAGCAAAUAUUUAUUCACUAUUCAGCACUGCUGAGCUGCCAAGAUUCCAGACCUUGGUCUCUCCUAGAAGAGAGAGCUCUCCUGGGCUCCUAGGAAGCCCUGAGAUGUGCUGCAGAAAGGUGAGAUGUCUCUGUUUGGGGUUCAAAUAUUGAUAAGUCCGUUUUUGGGAAGGUUCCUUGCAGGGGGAUUUCAUAGCUUUGGAUAGUGCAGGAGCAGUCUGGUCUUGCUGGGACUGAUAACUUCUAUGAGCUCUCCCAUGUUCACCCAAGUGUCAGGUGUGAGGCAAAGCCACCAGAACUUCUCAGAGGAGAGAGCCUGGGUGCCUGCAGCACACUCACCUCUUGCAGAAAACAACUGGUCCUCACCACAGGCUCUAAGUACCUUUCGCUCUCCUCCCUGAUAAAGCUACCUCUCCUCUGUGCACAGGCUACAGCUGACUUCUCUGGCCCUACAGCAAAGCACAGGGGAGCCUCCACUUGAAAGGAAGCUCUCAGAAGUGGGGCCAUCACCUCUGCAGUGGGAGCCCGAUUUGAAGUGUCUGGGCUGGCCAGGGCUCUUCAGCUUCUCCAAGAGCAAUCCUGGGCCGGAUGUGUACCCCUUCCUUCUCCACCCUAGUUCUUCCCAUGCUCUGUGCCAGGAAGGAUGUGCAGGCUCUGCAGGGCUGCCAGCUUCGUCACAGGCUCUACAGACUGUUUAGGAGGGGCUGGGGGGACACGCUGAGGACAACAGUUCCUGCCACCCAGGCCAUGUGCUUUCUUUCUGUGGUCCAGCCCUGAAGAAAUGGAUCUUUGUUUUGAUGCACACACAUGUCUCUGUAUGCUUAUCAUAAUAAAGACUUCUGAACUUA